AUGCACUUGCGCCCAGUCAUGAUCGGACAGCCAAUAAAAUAUGGAGAAGCGACUCAAUCGGCCAAGGUUUCCGCAUAUAGAGAAAACCGUGGCCUGUCGCAGGAAAUCGCUCGUCUGGAGAAAUCAGCUGUCUUAGGAUAUGGAAAACCGUGGCCUGUCACAGGAAAUCGCUCGUCUGGAGAAAUUAGCUGCCCUGGGAUAUGGAAAGUGGAGGAAAUACUUACGCCAGAGCUCAACCAGGAAUAA